AUGGAUGCUGGAGCAAUGGAGAAGGAGGGGCUACCCAGAUACUCGCCUGUUGACGAGCACGCCGCAGCGACCCGUGGUGUUCGGCACCGUCGUCUUCAAUAUCGCCGCAGGCGGCGAUUUGUGAAGCUCAUUCUGUUACUGGUCCUUGGCUAUGCAGCCUAUACACUUUGGGUGAACUCACGUGAGCAGGCGUCUGCUCUAACCAAACCACAGGCCGGCGGAGCCCACCUGUCUCAGGAGCGUUUACGAGCAGAUUAUGAUCAGUGCGCAAGACUUCGCUCAAGUCCUAAAGACCCCAGUGGUCCAAGAGAACGCAAUGCUCGAGCUAUCCCCGGCCAGAAGUCCACUUUGAUCCGCAAUGCUACUGUCUGGUCUGGUGAGCCAGUGGCUGCCACUUCUGCGGAAGAUGAACACACUGGCGCUAGCUACAGCUGGAUGACAGCAGAUGUGCUUUUGGAAAAUGGUCUUGUUAAACAUGUGGGCAGCAAGCUUAAUGCUGGCGAGCUGCUGGCUGACAUCCAGAUCUACGAAGCUCAUGGUCGACUCCUCACAGCAGGAAUUGUUGACAUGCAUUCCCACGCUGGUGACGAUCCUCUACCAGGCUUGAGUGUUACAGGCGAUGAGAAUGAAUUGUCGAGUGACAUCACUCCAUAUGUUCGCUCCAUCGAUGGAAUCAAUAUACUUGACCCUCAAAUUCGAAAGAUCAAAAGUGGAGGCGUCACCACCUCACUAAUCCUGCCUGGGAGCGGAAACAACAUUGGUGGCGAGGCUUUUGUGAUCAAACAUGCGGUAGGUAAGACCGAUGGUCGUCCUGAGCUCAGCGUGGAAAGUAUGCUUGCCGAUCCGGACAAGAAUUGGCGCUACAUGAAGAUGGCAUGUGGUGAGAACCCCAAGAGGGUAUAUGGCCGCUUAGGCCGUGGCUUUGGCCCGUUUUCGCGACUGGGAGAGGCGUGGUACUUCCGUCACGCCUUCGAACAAGCAAAUAGCCUGGUGACGGCACAGGAUGACUGGUGUGCAGUCGCAGACCACAGCAUUCCAUCCGGACGAAGUAUGUCGAUUUAUUUACCGCAAGACCUCCAGUGGGAGAGUUUAGCGGCCGUAUUGCGAGGACAAGUCCACGUCAAUACGCACUGCUACACCACUGCCGAUCUUGAGGCCUUUGUACGACAUACCAACGAGUUCAAGUUUCCUGUUCGUGCCUUUCAUCAUGCUCAUCAGACUUACCUCAUCCCAGAGGUACUGAAGCGAGCCUAUGGUAAUCACACCCCGGCGGCGGCACUAUUCGCAGACAAUAUGUACUACAAGGUCGAAGCCUAUACUGCUUCCGAGCAGGCUGGCAAGAUACUGUUUGAGAAUGGCAUCACCCCUGUAUAUGUCAGCGACAACCCAGUGAUCAAUGCUCAGCAUGUCUUAUUCGAGGCCGCCAAGGCUUACCGAAACGGUCUGCCGUAUCAUGUUGCACUGGCAGGAGUCACAAGCUCUUCAGCUGAUCUGCUCGGCCUGGGACAGAGGAUCGGGAAAGUUAAGGCAGGAUUUGAUGCCGAUGUUGUGGUCUGGGACAGCGAUCCCCUGAGUGUCGGCGCCACACCAGUCCAAGUCUGGAUCGAUGGUGUAGAGCAGUUUGACGAUCCCGUCGAGUUGAAGAAGUUUGCAAGCGGACCAAUCAAGCAUGAUCUUACCUUACAGAAGGUAGCCAGCAUUGAGGAGAAGAUGGCGGGCAUGAUCUUCACGGGCGUGACGGAGAGUCUUUUGGAUGGCGAAGCACGCUCAUGGCCGAGCUCGAGAGACAGUGGCGUGGCCAUUGUGCGCGACGGCCGCCUUGUCUGCCUUGGCGAAUGCCACGACGAACUCCACAUCGCAGAGGCGGACGGAUUUGCUACGAUUCAGCUCAAGGAUGGGCACAUCUCACCAUCCUACACAGCCUUCGGAUCAUUCCUAGGUCUAGUUGAGAUCGCAGCCGAAGACGACACGCAAAAUGGCGCCGACACCGAAGACACGUUCUCGUCCGCCGUUGACGGCCUGGCGCUGGAUACGAAAAGCCUGAAAGCAGCGUACCGCCACGGUGUGACCAAUGCCAUCUCUGCUCCUGCUUACAAGCAAGGAGGUCACAAAGGCGUCAGUGCUUAUUUCGCCACUGGCGCACAACACAAGCUCGAGAAACAUGCCAUUCUCCAGGAUGAAGUAGCACUACACUACACUUUGACGCUCGAUGCGAAAGCAGGCAAAACACCGAGUAUAAGCACAGGGGUCGAGGCUCUCAGGAGGAAGCUGAUUGAAGCCACGAAAGCGAGCGACAAUACCACAGAUCUGACAGCCGAAGAGCGCAAGCUUCGACAAGUCGUCAAUGGUACGAUGCCACUCGUUUUGACAGUCCACAGCGCCGAUACCAUUGCCACGAUCCUCCAGCUCAAGUCCGAGGUAGAAACAGCAAGCAAGUCUCCUCUGAACCUGGUGCUCUUUGGCGGUGCUGAAGCGCAUCUGUUGGCUUCUGAAGUCGCAGCAGCAAAUGUCAGCGUUGUGCUUGCACCACUGCAGCCAUACGCCACUACCUGGGAACAGCGCCGUUCGCUCUCAGGUGCUCCUCUCACGAACGGCACUGGGUUGGAUAUUCUAUAUGCUGCUGGUGUGAAGCUUGCGAUCAGCGUAGCCGAGGACUGGGAGACGAGGGAUCUGGAUCUGAUGGCUGGUAUUGCUCAUAUCAAUAGCAAUGGCAAGAUUAGUGAGAAGGAGGCACUUCGGAUGGUGUCGCACAAUAUUUAUGAUAUACUCGGAAUGGACUCCGAGCAGAGUCGGAAAGGCUUCCUCGUAUACGAGGGACAUCCCUUGAAGAUCGACGGCCGAGUCAAGGCUGUAGCAGAUGGACGAGGGAGCAUGAGUAUCUGGGUAUAA